CCCGGAAGUAUGAACAUAUACCCGGCGGUGCUGUACGUCAGGAGCGUAGCGGCGGUCCCGAAUGCGGCUUUGGUUUGGUAGCGUAAACUCCGCGCUGUUCCGAUCUCGGCUUAGCGCAGCCUGAGGUGACGCUCAGCGACCGGAUCCGAGAGCCGCUUGUGUUCGAGGAUGGCCUCGCAGGGGUCCGAGGAAAUAGCGGAGCAAACCGAGGAGGCCGAGGCAACGCACGACGGGGACUGUUUGAGCAUCUCCCCGGCGGAGGAAAUGCCCGCUGACGGGCCCGGGGACGGGGAACCCGAACAGCUGCUCCUGCCUUGGGACCGCUUCUCUGCCUGGCUGCACUGUAUCUGCGUGGUGGGCUUCGACCUGGAGCUCGGUCAGGCCGUGGAGGUUAUAUACCCUCACCAUUCAAAACUUACAGAGAAAGAGAAAAUGAGCAUCUGCUACUUAUCAUUUCCAGAUUCUAACUCGGGCUGCUUAGGGGACACACAGUUCUGCUUCCGUUUCCGGCAGGCGGCAGGCAGGAAGUCCUCGCUCGGAUGUUUUCUGGAUCACUUCGACAGAGACGCACCGGUUUGCCUCAAGAGAGAUCAGGGGCAUUUCUACGGUUAUGUGUACUUCAGACAAGUCCGGGAUAAAACGCUAAAGAGGGGCUACUUUCAGAAGUCUCUGGUUCUCAUCAGCAAGCUCCCCUACGUCACCUUCUUCCACUCUCUUCUGAAGCUCAUUGCCCCUGAAUAUUUCGAGAAACAGGAGCCGUGUUUAGAAGCUGCUUGCAAUGAUAUCGACCGCUGGCCGACACCAUAUCCAGGAAAAAUCUUGUCUCUCCCGAUCAUGGGCGUCGUCAUGAAGCUGCGUAUACCGACGUGUUAUGACAAGCCGGGAACCUCACAGCUUGUGCAGUCCACCUCGAGCGACAGUCUUGUGUCUGUCGUACUUCCUACAAUCCAUGAAGUGGACCUGUUUAGGUGUUUCUACCCCGUAUUCUUUCAUAUCCAGAUGUUGUGGGAGCUGGUGUUGCUCGGGGAAGCGCUCGUCGUAAUGGCGCCGUCGCCGGCGGAGUCGUCGGACACGGUACUGGCGUUAGUCAGCUGUAUCGCUCCACUACGGUACUGCAGCGAUUUCCGGCCCUACUUCACCAUCCAUGACAGCGAGUUCAAGGAGUACACGACCCGAACCCAAGCUCCGCCGUCUGUCAUCCUGGGAGUAACGAAUCCUUUCUUCGCCAAAACACUUCAGCACUGGCCUCACAUUAUCCGCAUUGGAGACAUGAAGCAAACAGAAAUGGCCAAGCAGAUGAAGGUGAAGAAAUUAAAGAAUCUGAAAACUCUGGAUUCCAAACCAGGUGUAUACACUGCAUACAAGCCUUUUCUGAACAAAGAUGACGACAUCAUUAAGCAGCUCCAGAAGGGAGUUCAGCAGAAACGUCCAUCCGAGGCCCAGAAUGCCAUUUUGCGUCGCUAUUUCCUGGAACUGACGCAGAGCUUCAUCAUUCCCUUGGAGCGCUACGUGGCCAGCCUCAUGCCUUUACAGAAAAGUAUCUCUGCCUGGAAAAGUCCUCCUCAUCUCAAGCCUUUUGUACAGGAGGAGUUUAUGAAGACGCUGGAAAAGGCCGGACCUCAGCUCACAUCUCGGCUCAAAGGGGACUGGAUUGGUCUUUAUAGGCAAUUCCUCAAGUCUCCCAACUUCGACGGCUGGUUCAGAAACCGCAGGAAAGAGAUGAUUCAGAAGCUGGAGGCCCUGCAUCUCGAGGCGCUUUGCGAAGAGGAUCUCCAACAACGCAUUCAAAAACACACCGAAGUGGAGACUGUAGAUCUUGUUCUCAAGCUGAAAGAUAAACUGACGCAGGCUGAGCGAGAGAAGCUGCCGGUUGGAGCAGGAACGCUGGCCAAACUUCAAACCCACAUCGACUCCAUAAUCCUCUCGCUUCCUGAGGACCUGCAAGGCAUCCUGCACAAACCAGCCACGCCGUGACUUCCCCCGAACACAAACUCUACCGAGGACGAGGCGACCGAGUCCAUCACGGGUUUGGGGUUUGAGUUAAACACCACGACCGCUCCACGUGUGCACAUUUUUCUGCAAACGCAGAUUCAACGAGCUGAACUGUGCUGCAAUGCUGGCAUUGCCCGAGCUCAGACGAGGCGGAAAUCAGCCUGAUGAGGUGUAUCGAUGACUCUUCGUGUCUCACUAUGUGAGCCAUGUUUGCUUGUUUUUAAACAUGGAGAUAAACUAAGUUGGACAAGAACCACUAUAAAUGAAUCUAAAGUGAUGUUUAAUGCAGUGUGGUCUAGAUUUCAGGUUCUCUAUUGUCCAGAAACCUGUCUUUUUAUUAAUAGGUAUCAAUGACAAGUCUGGAAUGAAGAGACGCGGGUUUGUUUGAUGAAGUUGACCGUGAUUUAAUACGUAAUAAUUUCAUUCAGAAUGAUCAACACUAACAGAAGACUCACGUGUCCUGUGACAUCAGGGACGAUCUGACACUUCAUACUGUUAUAUCAGAGGGUGCCAUGCAACGUGUACGCCUUCUUAUCAUUAAUGAGUGUGAAAUCUUGCCUUUUUUUUUUUAAAUUGAUUGCAAGUAUUUUCUUUUAAAGUAAUGAAUAUAUUCAGAGUAAAAGAAAAAAAAUAUCAUUGCCUUCACCAGUGGUGUCCAAUCUUUUACACAAAGGGUUCGUGUGGGUGCAGGUUUUCAUUCCCACCUAUCAAAGGCCACGCAAACAAAAAUGAAAAUCGUUAUAUACAAACAGAGAGAAUUUGGUGUGGACUCGUGUGGUCGGAAUGAAAACCUGCACCCACACCGGCCCUUUGUGGCAAAAAUUGGACACUUCUGAACCACAGGAUCUUAUUUCAUGUCCCGGGUACUUUGCACCGACCAGGCAUUACGUUACUACGUUAUAACAAUAUGACCAGUGAGUAAUAAAAAAACCCCACUGGUAUCUCUUCA